AUGCCCCAGAGGUGUCCUGAGAUCCCCGACCUCGUGAGCAUCAUCCACGGGAAGCUGGAGGAGGUGGACGAGGAGCACCUGCGGAAGGCGGCCCAGCAGACCGUGUACAUCCUGGCGGCCCAGCACUCCAGCCUCGUGGUCUCCAGCCUCCUGGGCAGCUCCCUGCCCUUCGACAGCCACACGUGUGCCAUGUGGAGGUCCCUGGCCACGGAGCCCGCCCUCACCUCCCAGGUGCUGGAGCAGCUCCUGGAGAAGCUCAGCAGGGACAUCCCCUACAAGGAGAGCAAGAGCUUCCUGCUGGGCGGGGGAGCCGAGCGCGUGGCCACCGCCCUGCCCCUGGCUGCCACGUGCGCUCUCCACGAGCUCCUGUCGGCCCCCGAGGCCGGGCCCGCCGUGCUGGGGCUCUACCCGGCCCUCUUCGGGACCCUCCUGCUGCGCCUCAGCUGCUCCCUGGGGGUGCAGCUCCCCAAAAACCUGCAGGGCAGGGACAGGAGGGGCCACGGAGCCGCCGCCCGGAGCCUCCAGCCCGGCAGGUACCGGGGGAAACCGGGAUGGGGAGGGGAGGGG